AUGACCCACUGGUUUCUAUCCAUCACUCCGUGGAAAACAUUGGGCAUUUAUUCGAUAUCUGUUGCUGUUGCCUAUUUCUGGUUGGGCGUACCUGCAUUGGGUGUUGGCAUAUAUGUGGGUGGCGUUUUAUCAGUUUUUUACUAUGGCAUAACCAUUUCAAAUUGCUCUGAUCGAUUAAAGGGAAUAGCCAGAGAAAUCGUGAUCCAAGAAUUCAUUGAUAAAAGACCAUUUAGGGAAGCUGAUUAUUUGAAGAAGGAAGAAAUCUUACAAGAAAUCUUGAAUAAUGUCAAUAAAAAAGUGUAUCAUAGAAUGGGAAUCAAUUACGGUUACGAUACUACUGGAUACUUACUUUUUGCAUACGGAUCGUACAUAGCAGAAUUUGAAAAAAAAUAUUUACAACAUUAUGACAACAUAGACGUUGAAGAUAUUCAAGGUUGGGACAAGAUUAUGUUAGUAGCUAAGAACAUCCAAGACGAGGAUCAAAAUUCUAUCUAUAAAAAUACGAUCUCUUCGGAAUUGAUUAAUACUUACGGCUCAAAAAAGCCAGUUAUUGUCUCUGCUGAAACUGAUGAUCUGUUAAGCAAUAAAAAUAGCAAAAAAGAACAAUAA